AUGUUAUUAUUAUCUUAGCACUAAUCAACUUAAUUAGAAGAAUUAGAAAACUUAAAGGCAUCCAUUUUAGUUUAAUAAUCUUCUCGUUCUAGAAAUCUUUCAAAUGAAAGACCAUAAACCUAUUAAAGAUAAUUACAAUUUUCUAUAGAAAAUCCAAGACAUAGAAAUAAAGCACAAUCUUUUUCUGUUGAAAAACAAGUAAAGAAUGAAAAAUAUUCUAUUAGUUGAAUUUAAGUUCAUAGAACUAAAAGGUUGAAAAUUUAAUUGCAACUUGGAUGCAUCAAAAAAAUUCAUCAUCUUUACAUUCAAGUUCAAAUGUAGUUGUACCUUCUUAAUUUAUUAAUGAUGUACGUUCAGCAUAAUAAUUGGAUAAUCUAAACAAGGAAUCCAAUAAACCUCAUAUCAUUAUAGAGGAAGAUGUCUUGUUUACUGAAGAAACAGAACCAUAUAUUUAAAACAAUAAAACUAAGUAGGUUAAAACUCCUAUCCAUCUUAUUGUUCCUAACAAGAAUAACAAAGAUUAAUGUAUUAAAUUUUUAAAUAAAGAAAGCCAAGAAAUGAAGAAGAAUAACAAAGGCAAGAAAUAAAAUAAUUAUAAUUACCUUAAACCAUAAACAACAAAAAUUAAUAUAGGAAAUUAAACAAAAUCAUCACCUCUUGUAUUUAAAGAAUAAUCACUAUAGAACCCUAUGAAAAUAUCACAAAUAGAUUAAUCCAAACUUACUAAUCAAUAAAGUGCAACAAAUAAUUAAAAUUUAAAUAAUAAGAAUAAAUAAUAUUCUUCAAAAAUAGUCAAAAAAAGUAGUUCAAGUAUCCAUGAAGAAAAUUAAUAAGAAAAUUAUUAAUUCAUUCCAGAGUUAGUAAGAUUAAAAGAGUAGAUUUUAUCAACAUACUUAAAAUAAAAUCGAGCUCUAAUAGGUUCUUAAAAUUAAAUCGUUAAGUAUUUGAGUAUAAUAAAAUUAGAAAUUUUGAUGAAAUUCUCUCAAUUUUAAAGUAGGAUUUCCCCAAAUGA